ACCGACCUCACGUCCUCAACGCCAGUGGUGCUGCCAAGUGGGUGGUUUUGGCGCAUUUCGGCUGGUUUUACGCACAAUUUUAAAGUUAUCAAGAUGGUUUGGGAAAAGAAGAUGAUCGCGUACGAUGACCCAGACGAUGAGGAGGAAGAGGCAGCUGAAGAAGAGGAGGAAGAAGAGGAAGAGGAAGAGGAGGAAGAAGAGGAGAUGGUGGACCCUCUGGAGACGAUAAGGGCGAAGUGUGAGGAGACAGAGCACUGUGUUCACUACAAAGAGAAGCUGGAGGUGUGUGAGGCGCGGGUGGGCUCCAGGUCCAACACUGAGGAGGACUGCACAGAGGAGCUGUUCGACUUUCUACACGCACGGGACCACUGUGUCGCACACAAGCUUUUCCACAAAGUCAAAUGACCUUAUCCACGUCCAUAUGAGUCUGUAUGAGUCUCUAUCCCCAUUAACUUAUCAUGUGUGAGCUGCUGGCACCCCCCUCCUCCCCCACUCCAGCCUGUAGGACACGUAACAUCAUGGAGCGGGCAGCGGCUGGUGACCCCCUCCUCACACUGUGGUCUGUGUGAAUGCAUGUGCUGCGCCAGUGUUGACUUCAGAUGUAAAUUCAUUGUUCUAGAUGAAAUAAUAAAUAUUUUCUUGGGUUUUCAGUCUGAA